AUAGCACAAUCCAUUAACUAGGAAGUAUGUUUCAUUUUCUUUGCGAUUUUUCUAUCAAGUCGAUAUCGAAACCUUUCCAUGCGCCCAACAGCUCUUGCAGGAAAUCCUCCCAUGGAAGUCGCAGACGCUACGGAGAAGGGUUCGGAAAAAACCCAGCCAACAACCACCAUGGCCACAAUAGCCGACUCAUCAGCCCAAAACCCUUCAGAAGCAACCACCAUUAAUCCAGCAGUAGAGAAGUGGCCCGGAUGGCCAGGUCACUGCGUGUUUCGGCUGAUUGUGCCAGUUUUGAAAGUGGGCAGCAUAAUUGGCCGCAAAGGAGAACUCAUCAAGAAGAUGUGCGAGGAAACCCGCGCCCGCAUCCGCAUCCUUGAUGGUGCUGUUGGCACUCCUGAUCGCAUUGUUCUAAUAUCUGGAAAGGAAGAACCAGAGGCACCACUUUCCCCUGCAAUGGAUGCUGCUAUAAGAGUUUUCAAACGUGUCUCUGGAUUGCCUGACAACGAUGGGGAUGCUAAAGCAGCUGGAGCUGCAUUUUGUUCAAUCCGGUUGUUGGUAGCAUCUACACAAGCAAUCAAUUUGAUUGGAAAGCAAGGCUCCUUAAUUAAGUCAUUACAAGAGAGCACAGGUGCAUCUGUGAGGGUGUUGUCAGGAGCAGAUGAAGUGCCAUCUUAUGUGGCAGCAGAUGAGAGGAUUGUGCAGUUGCAGGGGGAAGCCCUGAAGGUUCUUAAAGCUCUAGAAGCAGUGGUGGGGCACCUGAGGAAAUUUUUGGUUGAUCACAGUGUUCUUCCUCUUUUUGAAAAGACUCAUAAUGCAAUAGUCACUCAAGAUCUUCAAGCAGAGACACGAGCUGAAAAGUCAUCACUGCUUACUGCUUCUCAAAGUGCCAUUGGAAUUGAUCUUCCUGUUCCGGUGAGGGACUCUUUGUUCCUUGAACGUGAAACACAGUUGGAGUCACGGAUCCCAUCUUCUGGAAUUUCAUUUUAUGGGCAUGAUCCUGCACCGUCGACAAAACAUUCUACUUCAGGACUUGUUCGAUCUAUUGUUCCUAUUGUCACACAGAUUGCUCAAACAAUGCAAAUACCAUUUUCUUAUGCUGAGGACAUAAUUGGGAUCGGAGGGGCUAAUAUUGCACAAAUUCGUCGCUCUAGUGGAGCUGUCGUAACCGUGCAAGAGAGCAGAGGUCUAUCAGAUGAAAUCACCGUGGAAAUUAAAGGCACCUCAUCACAGGUUCAGAUGGCUCAACAACUGAUUCAGGAAUUUAUGAGCAAUCACAAUGAUCCAGUUACAAGCACCAGCUACAGAGACAGGAGUUAUAGGUCCUCGUUUUCUGAGUUUGACAGCCGCAUAUCUUCAGUUUCAGGGCAACCCUAUGGGGGAUCUUUUAGUUUAGGUGGCUACUCUUCUUUUAGGCUUUAAGAGAAUUAUCUUAUAAACUUUGGAGUCUCAUUUAUCGGGAUGAACUUGUAUGGGUGGCUCUGGGCUCUGGGUUCUGGGUUCUGAAACAGAAGAUAACCUUUCUUUUUUCUUUUUUUUUUUAAUCUUUUAUUUUCUUUGUUUGGUAGUGUCAAGUGUUAGAACUUAAUAUUUGUAAAGUAAGAAGUUCACAUCCAUGCUUUCUCCAUUUAAUUUUAUAGGAAUAAGAAUAGGAUGGAUAUAAAGGAAAAGAUGCAAUGAAUUACAUAAA